CGCCCGCAGCCGCGCAGUCGGAGCGGCGCGGCGUUGCCGCGGUUGCCGUGGGUCGCUAUGCGCUUUAGGGCUAAGAUCGUGGAUCUCGCCUGUCUCAACCACUUCAGCCGUGUAAUUAACACGAUCGCGAAAUUAGCCAAGAGCUGCACCCUGCGUCUGACAGAGAGCAAGCUGUACUUCAUCCUGUCUGACAGAGUUGCUAAUGGAGGAGUCAGCAUGUGGGGCGAGCUGUGCCAGGGGAAUUUCUUUGAUGAAUAUCAGAUGGAAGGAGUAGCUGUAGAUCACAAUGAAAUAUAUUUAGAGCUCAUGCCUGAGAACCUGUCAAGAGCAUUAAAAACAGCCCAGAGUGCAAAGGCAGUGAAGAUCAAGUUGACUAACAAACAUUCUCCCUGUCUCAGAGUUGCUGUGGAGCUACCAUCCUUAUCAAGCAGCAGUAGGAUUGUGACACAUGACAUUCCUGUGAAGGUUAUUCCCAGAAGACUAUGGAAUGACUUCAGAGAGCCCAGUGUGCCAGACUUUGAUGUCAGUAUUUACCUACCAGCACUGAAAACAAUGAAGAAUAUUGUGGAGAGAAUGAAGAAUAUCAGCAAUUGUAUUGUGAUUGAAGCAAAUUUGAGUGGAGAAAUGAACUUAAAAAUAGAAACUGAUGUAGUAUCUGUAACAACGCAUUUUAAAGAUUUGGGAAAUCCUCCCUGGGCAUCAGAGGAUGGAUGUCAAAGCUCUGCUCAAGGCAGAGAUCUGCAGAGCAUGGCUGAAGCACGCAUAGACAUCAAGAAGUUGCAGCAGCUGCUUGUAGGACAGCAGGUCAAUCCCACAAAAGCCUUGUGCAAUAUCCAGUUGACACCUGUGCUUGUUGAGUCACUGGAUCUGUAGAAAUCUCAUUCUUCUUAAUGGUGCUGCUUGUCUGCUUCCAGAAGGGACAAGGUAGGGUGGUUAUUUCUUUGUUAGGAAUAUUUUUUUGGAAUAUGUGGGACAUUCAGCCUGUGGAUAUUCAAAUUGAACGUUUUUACUCUUUCAGAAAAGAAGACAGUUCUGGGUGUUACGGUGUGGUACAACCAGGCAUGCGUUCACUGCACGUGUUUACUGAGCACAGGCAGCUGUUAAGCAUGUUUGUUGUUUUUUUUUUAAUUAAAUAGCUGAGAAGCA